CACAGAAGAGUCUCUAUAAAGGCUGAUAGCCUGGACAAUGAGCCACACAGCAACAAGUCCAGCUUGAGUGCUUCACCUCUAAAAGACUCUCUGUACAUCAAGCCAAUCUAGUACAACAGAACGGCCAGAAUGACCGCCUCUCGCUUCGUCAUUUUCUCCGCAGUGGUGGUGCUUGUGUGCGCCAUUAGCCUCAGUGAAGGUAUGCGUAUUGGACCUCAAAGGUGCUGUUUCUCCUAUUCACCCCGUUCUGUGCCGAUCAAGAAACUGGUUGACUACAGCAUGACAAGCCAGCAGUGCCCCAAAGCAGCUGUGCUGUUCAAGACUGUGAAGGGUAGUUAUGUGUGUGCCAAUCCCGCUGACUCAUGGGUACAAGGGCACAUCAAGAUCUUUGACAGCAGGAACGUCGGAGGCCAGGGGAGCUUGUAAUCAUGUUGACCUGCGUCCUCCAACUACUGAAGCACUGGACAAGUGUGGAGCCUGAGCAAAACUGAAAAAAAAAAAAGCGAUUAUUGUACUCGCCGACAAAUGCAUUGUCACUAACUGAUCAGCGUAUUGAAGCUACGGAGUUAAACAAUCCAGAAUUUACGUUGUUUGAAUUUAUCUUUUUGACUUUUGUCUUUUAUUUGUCUUACUAAUGUAUUUCUAAACAGAGUGUUUUGUACCGAAAGAUAAAAUAUUGCAGAUUUUUAGCCUAUAUCUCAAAGUAUAAACUAGUUUAUAGAAGAACAUUAAAUGAAUCGGAGUAUUUUUGUAAUGUGUCAUUGAAGACAACAUAUUAUGAUGAAGAACUGUUUAUCUACAUUUUUGCUACUGUAACCUCCUCACAAUAAAGACACUUUCCGGGUCUCUA